CUUCUUCACUCAAAGGUUGCACGGCCAUUUUGAGUCUCGAUCUUAGCCCCAGAAAUCCUAAUCUCUUCAAUAUCGAUCCUGUGGCUUUUCCUCCACCGAAACAUCAUGAAGGUCACCAUCAAGAAGUGGAAUACGGUCGCUACUUGGCGCUGGGAUAUACCUGAAGACGAUGUUUGUGGUAUCUGUCAGGUCCACUUUGACGGGACGUGUCCGACAUGUAAAUACCCAGGCGACGAUUGCAGCCUGUUAUCGGGGAAGUGCGGUCACAACUUUCACAUGCACUGCAUAUUGGAAUGGAUCAAGCAAGAUUCAUCAAGAGGGCAAUGCCCCAUGUGUCGUCAACGUAUAGCCCCCAACCCUUUUCAACCAAAUCAGGCUGACGUUGUUUUCAGGCUUUGAGUGGAAUGAACAAGUGACUGAACCAGUCACGCAGGCUGAGUAAGGAUGCUCGUACAUGAUGUUAUGCAAGGCGUCGGGCGUUUUUCAGGGCAUACAUAGAAAUUGGCGUCAGGCAUACCCAGAAUGGAUUUGGGCAAAUCGAUUCAGUCGCUUACUGGUUGGUUUAUUAGCACAUUUUGUGAGUUGUGCUGUUACAUGCAAGUUGGUGAGCCAUGCACAACUCAGCUGCUAGUGUGAGGGAGCCCACAGCCUCAAUCAAGCUGACUGUGCCAUGCCAGUCAACCCUUGAUAGCCUGGACAUUCCCAUGACAGUCUCUCAACUCUGUUAACUGUCUUUGUUAUCUCUUUGAGGCUCUUUGAGAAUAUCUUGUCUCUUUUGGCUGCUUAUCACCAUUAUCUGAGUUUCGUUGAACUCUCUUUUAAUCGAUUGACCAAUUGUCUCUGAAGCCAGGGGUUCAUAACCUCUGUACUCAGUA